CCUACAUGACAUGGAAUCUUUAGAUAUUAUUAAUUUACAAAUAACUCCACAUAAUAUGGUAAUAACCUACGAUAUGUCUCAUUUCGAAGCAUUUCCUUCAAAUGCUUAAAUAAAAUGUUAACUAUUUCCCGCGAAAAAACCAUAUAAUUCGCAAUUGAAUAUUUUUCUCAUUUAAUAAAUAUAAUUCCAAGAUCUAAAUCAUAAAUGACAUAUUGAAAUUCUAAAUGUAAAGAUAUUAAAAUUCCUACAAUAGACAUGAAUAGAGGGAAAAAUUCUGAUUUAAAUUUAUAUGUAUAAUAUAACACGAAUGAAGAAGAAGAUUAUUAAGCCUAGUCAUAUUUAACUUAGGCCUUUUUUAGUGCUUUUACAGCCAAUAUUUUAAGGGACACAGGUUUCUAUGCUGAAAUAAACGUCUCUAUGGAAGAAUAAAUGUUUUAUGGAAAAGGAAAAGGCUGUGAGCAUGUUAUGGAUAAAUGUAGAACUUCAAGAAGAGAAUAUUGUAAUCCUGAAACUGACUAUUUUUUAUGCGAUUUUUACCACCAUGGUUCUUCUAAAUGUAGAGUUAGUAUAUUUAAUGAUGCUGGUUGAAAUAAUUUAUUAAACGAUUCUUAACAAAUAAGGU